CCCUUAUAGCUCAUUUCUUUUCAAAACCCUAGAUCUUAAUCCCAAAAAUGGCGACGGCGUUGAAGAAGAACAGAAAGAAGAGAGGACACGUCAGCGCCGGUCAUGGACGUAUCGGAAAACAUCGCAAGCAUCCCGGAGGUCGUGGAAACGCAGGAGGUAUGCAUCACCACCGUAUCCUCUUCGACAAGUACCAUCCAGGUUACUUCGGCAAAGUUGGUAUGAGGUAUUUCCACAAGCUUCGUAACAAGUUCUUUUGCCCAAUCGUGAACCUCGACAAGCUCUGGUCACUUGUUCCUGAAGACGUGAAGGCGAAAUCGAGCAAGGAUAAUGUUCCGUUGAUUGAUGUGACGCAGCAUGGUUUCUUUAAGGUUUUGGGGAAAGGUCAUUUGCCUGAGAACAAACCUUUCGUUGUGAAGGCUAAGCUUAUCUCUAAGACUGCUGAGAAGAAGAUUAAGGAAGCUGGUGGUGCUGUUGUUCUCACUGCUUAGGUUUUUCAAUUCAGUCUCUUUUUAAGUAUUAUUUUCAUGUUUUUGAACUCAGCUUUGUUGGAUUUUGGAAUCAGAGAUCUUUUAAUCUAUGGUAUUGGAUUACAUAA